AUGAGCAAAGCCCAAGGUGUUCUUAAUCCUGCCUACAUGAGUUGGCAGCACAAAGACCAGACGGUGCUUAGCUGGAUUAUUUCUUCAUUGUCUCCUUCCGUGGUUUCCACAGUUUAUGGUCUUGAGACCUCACGGCUUGCUUGGCAGGCCCUUGCUUCUCGUUUCGCUGCUCAAUCAAAGUCUCGGAUCUCUCAUAUUAAGAGUUGGCAAGCCAUAGAUGAUGAGGAUUUAAUCACCUACGUCCUCAAUGGCCUCACUUUGCAUUUCCAGUCAUUUGUUACCUCUUAUAUGUUGGUUACUCGGGAGAAGUCUAUGACUUUCUCUGAUUUUCAAGCUGAGCUGCUCAAUUACGAUCUCAUGCUGCGAUUUCACGACCACACCAUUCAGCCCGAGACUGGUUCUUAUGCGCUCUACACUAACAAAGCACAAUCCAAGCCAGGCUCUUGCAACAACAAGGGUCGGUCCUCACCCAAACGCAGCAUGCCUGGUUCCUCCUCUCAAUUUCGGCAUCCUUUGCCACAUCUUCCAACCGCCAAGUCCUCUCCUCCCCAUUGUGCUACACGAUCUAAGUCUCCUUGUCAGAUCUGCAAGAAGGAUAAUCAUCAGGCUCUCGACUACUUCAAUCGUAUGAAUUAUGCAUUUCAGGGCCGCCAUCCACCUCCUGAAUUAGCAGCUAUGGUUGCCGAGGCCAACACUUGA